CAGAAAAUGCAAGCAAAACUAUUCAUGAUCCCGUGGCUCAUUGAGCUAGUCAUAUCCCAACGAGCACCAUCUCCACCGAACCCCACACCAUCUGCACAAGUAUUGACAAACGAUCUACUGGUUGAUGCUCAUCGCCGCCACUUUCUAGACAUGCUCCGUCGCCAGCAACAAAUAAAUGAUGCCUUGCUUUUAAACAAUGCACUUCUUCAUCCUCACCCACUACCACCACUUCAUAUUCCAGCAAAUCCAGCAAUACAGGAGCUUAACCUGCCACCGGCGCCUCCAUUGUUCAACCCGUUCAUCCCGGCACAGGUCGCUAAUCAAGGCCCAACAAGCAAAUUAGGAACUUAUGGAAAAGACGACGAACCUGAGAAAAAAUCAGAAGAGCUCAAAGAAACUCCAGAAGAGAAGGAAGGAACAGUUGGUGCUCCAGUACGCACAGAUCUUGUAAAGAAAACCCUUGCAGGAGUGAAGACUGUUUCUAUCCAAAAGAAAGGCGAUGUAACAGGGGAAACCUUGACAACUAUGGAAGUCGUUGCUCCAACUACUUCCACAAUAUCGCCGGAAGACUUGGAAGUUGUGCAGUUGUUCAAGAAGUUGAAUUUGAGUAAGGAAGAAACGAAAAGUAUUGUGGAGAGAGUUGAGCAAGUGGUGAGGGAAAAGCUGAUGAGCAAAAUGGAUACAAGUUCCACAACAACCGAGGUGACUACAGUAGUCACAACACCUUCAACAACAACGACUACAACAUCUACCACGCAGGCCCCUACUACAACGACUAAGGAAUUUAUUGAAGAGGAAAUUGAGGAAGAAGACUACUCCGUUGCGACUACAGCGCCACCACCUCAAAUGCAUAUUCGCAGCGAAGAAAACCUCAUCCUUCAACGCAACAACCUCAAACAUCACCCCAUCAAACUGCAAGAAAAGAAACUUCCAGAGAGUCUUGAAUCUGAAGAAAUCUCUCAAGGAUCGAUAAAAACUUCUUUAACCCAUCUUCCAAUUUUUGUGGCAAACGAGGAAGAGGACGUGGCAUCACUGAAUCCAAAGUCUGCGCUUCAUAAAAGAAUACUAAUUGCCUCCCAGGACCGGGAGAAGGAGAGUGAUAGAGAUCUGUUAGUGGACUUUGCUACAGGAGCACCGCUGGAUCUAUCGGAACCUGAUGUGACCAAGUCAAAGUAUGAAGCUUCACCGGUUGCCACUUCUCCAGCAACACUUGCACCGGCUCAAGUGACAACUCGGCCUGUAGCACCACCAAGAUUAAACUACCACGAGCGUACAGAUUUCGAACGUCUGGCUUCCGAUUACCGUCGUCGUCUUGAAAAUACCGGCGAUAUUAACAAAAUUCUUCAGAAGAUUUCAGAAAAUGCUUAUAUCUCAUUGGGUAAGGUUGAACGUGGUGGUCGUCGAAGGCUGUUUGGAAGCUAAUUUAUUCUCAUCGACAAAAUUAAUUUAUUACUAUCCUCUUUAAAACGAUUUGGAAAAAUUAUCGAGUGCCUGCAAUUGUCUGUAUAUAUCUAUCUCGAAUUUCGAAAAAAAAAUCUCGCUCUACCUUUUAAUUUGUCUUUCUUGAAUUUUUGAUUUUAUGAUUAAGUUAUUUUUAAAUAGAAAAUUAACUUUUAUUCAAAUUAACUUUUAUAUUUGCAUUAUCAAAGUUUAACAAAUUUCAUGGGGGUACCAAUGAAAUUCGCUUUUUUUCUAGCUGAAAUAUAAAAUCAAGAAAUUUUUUU